AUUCCGCUCACACACCAUCAUCGACUCCGAACGACAGCCACUGCGCCGCUGCUCGCGGCCGGGAUCGGAGGGGCUGCGGCGGGUGGCGAGGUCGUGACGAAUCGGAGCGGCGGCGGCACCCGGAGCCCGGCAGAGCGGGAUGGCGGCGCUGGAGCUCGGAGGCGACUCCCGCCCAGGAGCGACCCGCGGUAAAUGGUUCAGGUGCCAUCCCGUGCUCGUGGCGGUGCUGAUUCUGCUGCUCCUGGUGCUGGUGCUGGCUUUGGGGGUGGCCUUGGCUGUGCAGUCAGCAGCACAGCUUCCACUUACACCUGCGACUCCGCUGUUGGUUCUGGGCUGUCCCCGUGGCUGGGUUGGGUACAAUGGGGUCUGCUACUACUUGUCAAGGGAUUACAGCACCUGGGAGCAGGGUCAGGAACGGUGCUCCGAGCUCAGAGCCUCCCUGGCCAUUCUCAAGGAUGAGGAAAUGGAUUUGCUCUUCCGCCUCCGCGGGAACGUCGAUUACUGGCUCGGGCUGCGCAGACGGGGCGAGCGCCUGCACUGGGGGGACGGCAGCAGCUACAGCUCCUCGGUUCCUGUCCUGGGCAAUUCCGAGUGUGUGUACCUGGCUGACGAUAAAUUCAGGAGUGAGAUGUGCUCAAAUGAGCGGCCGUAUCUCUGCAGCAAGGCCCAAUCUCCCCUGUAACAGGGGCUGGAGAAAGGACCUUGUCCACAUUGGGCAGUGCCAACUUCGUCUGUUAACCUGGCACAGGGCUGUCCUGCUUCAGCUGCACCCUGUGCCGUGCACUUUCUUUUGGUUUGAAAAGAUAGGAGGCUGUGAAGGAAGGCAAGGGCCUCCUGUGAAAUGGAAAAGGUAAACCCCCUCCCUCCAAAUUACCACAAUUUCAAAAUAAAAAGGCUCUCAGGCAAGGA